GCAGCUGAGGUUUUGGAACUUUCUAGAUAGACAUCAGCCGGCUGGAUCUUUUGCCUCCACCCCGCGCCUGGGCUACUGCUCACUUCCCCACCCCCGACGAUCCCACUUUCUACCGUGCUCCCCCAUCCCAACAGCUCCGGCCCUGACACUCCAACUUUUUCUUUUGCGCGCGCUCAGCGCUUGACUGGGUGUCCCGCUACCGUGCCAAGGAGCGCGCGCACCCCAACCUCUCGGCUCGCCGGGCCUCGUCCCUGGCUUCGGAGUGCCCUCGAGUCCCUCCGCCAGCGCCCGGGGCCCGCCCCUGCCUCACAGCUGACCCUCCAGGAAGCAUUAAACCCAAGCGACCCGGCCUCCUCCUUCCAAACUCCGGUCGCGCCAGGUGUUUUCUCUCGUGCCUGGCGAGUGUCCGGGCGGGUGAUCGGCAGCGUCCGCGCCGCCCCGUCGGGUGUCGGGGCGCACGAUGGCGGGGUGCUGCUGUCUGUCGGCCGAGGAGAAGGAGUCGCAGCGCAUCAGCGCGGAGAUCGAGCGCCAGCUCCGCCGCGACAAGAAGGACGCGCGCCGCGAGCUCAAGCUGCUACUGCUGGGAACUGGUGAGAGUGGGAAAAGCACCUUUAUCAAGCAAAUGAGAAUUAUCCAUGGAUCUGGUUACAGCGAUGAAGACAGAAAGGGGUUCACAAAGCUGGUCUAUCAAAACAUCUUCACUGCCAUGCAAGCCAUGAUCAGAGCGAUGGACACCCUUAGAAUACAGUAUGUGUGCGAGCAGAAUAAGGAAAAUGCCCAGGUCAUCAGGGAAGUGGAAGUUGACAAGGUGUCAGCACUCUCCAGGGACCAGGUAGAGGCCAUCAAGCAGCUCUGGCAGGAUCCGGGCAUCCAGGAGUGCUACGACAGGAGGAGGGAGUACCAGCUCUCCGACUCGGCCAAGUACUACCUGACUGAUAUAGAUCGAAUUGCCAUGCCAUCAUUUGUACCGACACAGCAGGAUGUGCUGCGUGUCCGGGUGCCCACCACCGGCAUCAUCGAGUAUCCGUUUGAUUUGGAAAACAUCAUCUUUCGGAUGGUGGAUGUUGGUGGCCAGCGAUCUGAGCGACGGAAGUGGAUUCACUGCUUUGAGAGUGUCACCUCCAUCAUUUUCUUGGUUGCUCUGAGUGAAUAUGACCAGGUCCUGGCUGAGUGUGACAAUGAGAAUCGCAUGGAAGAAAGCAAAGCUUUGUUUAAAACCAUCAUUACCUACCCCUGGUUUCUGAACUCAUCUGUGAUUUUGUUCUUAAACAAGAAGGACCUUUUGGAAGAGAAAAUUAUGUACUCUCAUCUAAUUAGCUAUUUCCCAGAAUACACAGGUAAGUGCUCACUGGGGACAUUGAUUCUGGUGACUUCAUCAUCAUUGAUCCCAGACCUCUCUGACCUGACUCCUUAUACUGUGCCCAUAAUCCACUUGUCAACUCCUCAGCCAGCUCAGGCCUGUGCUCUGCUAGGAGGCCUUUCUCUCUUUUCCAUGUCCUUUGGCCUGUACUGCUGUGCUACCUUCUUGUCACCUUGACUCCCCUUAUUUGGCUGGCUGUGUACCUUGCUUUCCUGGCCACAGAGCUCUCCCCUUAGAGGGCACAGACGGUGCUCCCAACACUCCAGCACCUGGAGCUCCUUUGAGGUUAAACAGUGGCAUCAGGGGGCACACUGAAGUUCUUUACAUACAGUCUAUUCAAAGUUGGAGAAAUUCUCACCCUAUUGUUAAUUAUUCCUAGUAUAGCAGGUCUCAGAUUUUACUAAGUUUGACAUUGAUAUUUAGAGAAUUAAUAUUUCAGCAUUUUCCUUUGUCUAAUUAGCCACUGUGGUGAUACAGUUUAGAACCUUCAAGCUUUAAAAUCCACCAGAGACGAUGACAUAGCUUCCAAAGUGGCCUGAAACCAGAAAAAUGAAUUGGGCCAUUAUUUUGAGGCAAAUCACAUUACAGUAUAAGUUUUAGAUACUAACUGGGCAUCUUCAAAUACAAAUUUAUGGGUUCCCAAAAGA